ACCACAACCACACAAAAACCGACCACAACCACACAAAAACCAACCACUACCACACAAAAACCGACCACCAUCAUUCAAAAGCCAAAUACUACCACACUAAAAACAACCACUACCACACAAAUAACAGCCUCUACACCCAAAUCAACUACAACAUCAAAAUCUACGACAAUAUCAACAGAAGCAGAGAAAUUACCAACAAUAACAUCAACAACCGCAUCAUCAACAUUAACUAGUACAUCACUCAAAACGACUAUCACGACACAGUCAUCUACAACUACAGAAAAAGUUUUCACAGAAACCACAACGACAGACACAAUAAAACCAAAAUCUAACCAAGCUGAAAUUAUUUCGUCCACCGAGCCAACUAUAAGCCUAAAAUAUCUUACACCAAGUCAAAUAAGAGAACAGCCAAGCGAAACAACAACCACUGAAAUAACAAAAUCAAGGGAUAACGAAGAAGAAGAUAUAGAAAAAUUUGAGAGACAAAACAAUACAACCCGAGAUAAGUCAGAAUUUCAAGACAAAAAUUCAAAUGAUCAAUUAAAGGCUUCAACACAACAAAAAGAAAAUACAGCACACGAACUUGUAAUAGAUGACUAUCGACCGCUAAAUGACGCUAAUACAAGUAACGGUCUACCAAAAUCCACUGAGGAGCUAAGUGACUUGAUAAAAUACGAGCUUGGAAAAAUGCACGAGCAAUACAAAAUCAGUAUUGAAACUGAACACGACAAUAAAUUGGCAAAAGAAAUUCGGGAUGUUUACUGCCAGUUAUCAAAGAUAAAACGAACGCAAACCAUAAUCUUAGCCCAAACAAAUGGAUUGCUUGCAGCCGCCGCACUCGGACUUCCAAUGUGUACAAGGAUAUAUGGUUUUGGUCAAGCCAUGACAUUGCAACAAUGCGACCCAAAAAGGAUAUCACUAUCAGCGAAAGAGACCAAGUGUGGGUUCCAGCCAUUUUUUGUUUACGGAAAAAACAACUGUACAAUCGGACUCGACGGAUGGUCUAUUCAUCCGUAUUCGGAGUGCUUUUGGAAAUCCCAAUUGAUAAACAUCAACGGAUAUCCUCAUACGUGGCAACAUAACGCCACAGCAGGAGACUGGAUUAAACAAGAGGCGACCAUACAUACUUCAAAUCUGGAUUUAAUUGCAGAAUUCGAAGAACUGCACUUAAACAGUUUCGACUAUGGAUUAAGGAACCAUCCAGCUCAUGGAACCAUGGAAAUGGAACAGCUAAACAUCUUAAAUGACCUGGUGGGACGAAUUAAUGAAGGAGAAGGCAAAGAGUUACCUGACAUCCUAGUAACAGAAGAGCAGGACAAUCAAAUCGGGAACAUGUUUUCCUGGUUUGACACAUUAAAAAUUAUGGCUCUCUCAGCGAUAGGAUUCAUCCUAUUUCUCAUCUGUCUAAGAAUUUUUAUUGCCUGUAAUCCUAUUCCACGGAUUAAGGAAAGCUUCAGACGACGCAAGCAAUCACGUAACGUGAGCGAAAGUGAUGGUCAAGAAAUGGAUUCAAUGAUACCAGAACCCAUCUACAGCGCUGGAGGAGCAAAUGAAAAACCGUUCAUUAGGGAAUUUGCACCUUUAAUGACGUUAGCAACAGAAACACCAAAAGAAACCCUUACGUCGAUAAACACACCAAGUGCACCAAAGAAAGGAAAAUUGUACCCUAUCGAAGAAUUAAAAUGGGAAAACGAGCAAAACAAGGAAUGUACAGGUAGCCACACGACCUGCAGCUAUGUCGUUGGAUACGGAAUGGUGUGGGAGGAUCUAUGCAGAUGUACUCCAGAAGACCAUUUAAAACGCACAAUUAACAAAUAA